UAUUGACGUUUCUAAAUUUACGAUCAAGUUACUAAAAUGACAGAAAAUAAUAGUUUUUCAUAUUCAAAUGUUACCAAUGCAAUCGGGAAUAACACCAUAAAGUUUGAAGCAAAACCAAUGGGAAUAUUGAUAGCUGAUCUUAGUUUAUUGUUCAUGGCAAUCCUGCCCAUUUUCUGGGGUGCUUUAAAAUCAGUGUCAUAUCACAAAAAGCAAAGAGAAUCUGGCGAACCCGCUGAGUAUUUAUCACACAAGGAUGCAGCGAUAUUUCCAUUAACAGCUAGUGCAACAUUAUUGGGAUUAUAUAUAUUUUUUAAAGUUUUUUCUAAAAACUAUAUUAAUCUUUUAGUUACUGGUUAUUUUUUUUUACUAGGAGUUAUAGCCUUAUCACAUGUUAAAAGUGGUUUACUUUCAUUAUUUUUGAAACCAUCAUUUCCAAAUUUUCAUUAUCAAAUACUAUUAAAGGGCUCACCUAAACCUUUUGAAAAUGAAGUUAAUCACUCAACUGAAAAGGAUGAUACACAAACCACUUCAAUAGAUAAUACAUACAAUAACCCCAAAAAUAAUACAGAAAAACCAAAAAAAGAGACAAAUGAUUUGAUAAAGGUUGAAUUCGAUAGGGUUGAUUUAUUAACAUUAUCAACUAGCUUGAUCAUUGGCAUAUGGUAUUUAAUGAAAAAACAUUGGAUAGCUAAUAACAUAUUUGGUUUGGCAUUUGCCACAAAUGCUAUAGAAUUAUUACAAUUGAAUAGAAUUAGUACAGGCCUUAUACUCUUAGGAGGACUUUUCAUAUAUGAUAUAUUUUGGGUAUUUGGCACAAAUGUUAUGGUAACCGUGGCAAAAUCUUUUGAAGCACCAAUUAAGCUUAUGUUUCCCUUGGAUUUCGUUGAAAAAGGUUUAUCAGCUUCAAAUUUUGCUAUGCUUGGGUUAGGUGAUAUAGUUAUACCUGGUAUUUUUAUUGCCCUUAUAUUGCGUUUUGAAAUGAACUCUCUUCAUAAUCCUAAAAAGAAAUUAUAUUUUUAUUCGACUAUGUUAGCAUACAUACUAGGAUUAGUAUUUACCACGCUAAUUCUACACUUUUAUAAGCACGCACAACCAGCCUUAUUAUACCUUGUUCCAGCGUGUGUCGGCACACCCUUUAUAAUAAGUUUGGCAAGAGGAGAAUGGUCUCAUCUUAUGAAAUAUGAAGAUAAUCCUGCUACAGAAGACAAACAAUUAAAUGAUAAUCAAGGUCAUCAGAUUAACCAGGAUCUAAUAAUCGAUUCAUCUGAUGAUAAAAAAUUUAAUUAAUAUUGAAUUUGAUUAAUAUAUUUUACAAAAAAAAAAUAAUUUAUGAAUAUGCCUUGUA